AUGACCACCUUCACGCAGCUCAGUGACCAGGAUGCGCCUAGUCUUGCCAUCCACCCAACCCGACGUAUUUCUAAGAUCAACCCUAACAUCUAUGCGGGGUUUACAGAGCACAUGGGCCGCUGCAUCUACGGCGGCAUCUACGAUCCGGGUAACCCCUUGUCUGAUGAGAAUGGUUUCCGGAAGGAUGUCCUCGAAGCUUUGAGGGAUCUGGACAUCCCUGUCGUCCGUUACCCUGGCGGUAACUUUAUGGCGACCUAUCAUUGGAUCGAUGGCGUUGGACCCAAGGACCAGCGCCCUUCAAGGCCCGAGCUUGCUUGGCUGGGAACGGAGACGAACCAGUUCGGAACCGAUGAGUUCUUGAAAUGGUGUGAGGUCCUUGGAACCGAGCCCUACUUCUGCCUAAACUUCGGAACUGGCACUUUGGAUGAAGCGCUGGCCUGGGUGGAAUAUUGCAACGGCACUAGAGACACCUACUAUGCCAACCUCCGCCGUAAAAAUGGUCGUGAGGAGCCGUACAACGUCAAAUACUGGGCCCUCGGAAACGAGACAUGGGGCCCAUGGCAGGUUGAGCAGAUGACCAAGGAAGCGUACGCCCACAAGGCAUUCCAAUGGGCAAAGGCCCUGAAGCUCCUGGACCCCUCGCUGGUCCUGGUUCUGUGCGGACAAGACGGCACUGCAUCCUGGGACUACUACACCCUGAAGCAGUGUCUGCUUCCCGCCCACUCCCCCCUAUCCACCAGCACCGUCCCCCUCAUCGACAUGCACAGUAUCCACCUGUACACGUCGUCUUCAUCUCACUUGCCCAAUGCCACCGCCCCCUUGGCCGCCGAGCGCGCCAUUGAAAUCACAUCCUCUCUCAUCGACCUCGCGCGCAUCGAGAACGGCGUCCCGCCCGACCAGCUCCGUCCCACCAUCUGCUUCGACGAGUGGAACGUCUGGGACCCUAUCCGCGCCGAGGGCAGCAAGGGCGCCGAGGAGUCCUACACUCUCUCCGAUGCCCUCGCCGUGGCCGUGUACCUGAACGUCUUCGUCCGCAAGAGCAAGGACGUCGGCAUGGCUUGCAUCGCGCAGACCGUUAACGUCAUCUCCCCCCUCAUGACCACCAAGGACGGCAUCAUCAAGCAGACCACCUGGUGGCCGUUGUAUCUCUUCUCGCGGUACAUGCGCGGCUGGACCAUCAGCGCGCACAUCGCCUGUGGCGUCUACGAGGGCGAGACCUCCCCGAAAUGGGUCCGCGGAGUCAAGGACACCCCCUGGUUGGACGUCAGCGCCACGCUGGGCGAGGACGGCUACGUCAAUGUGGCCGUGGUCAACAUCCACGAGGAGAGGAACAUCGAGACGAAGCUGGAAGGCCCUGCUGGGAGGGUUGCCGUGUUCACGGUCACCGGCGACAGCGUCGCGGCUUGCAACAUGAACGGAAAGCAGGAGGUCGGUAUCACCGAGAGCACCUGGGAUGGCAAGGGUGCAUACGUGUUCCCCAAGCACUCGUUCACCCUGCUCCGAUGGAAGGCUUAG